AUGCCGACCCACCCACUGAUCGGCCAUUGCAAGCUCAGGCAUUGUUUCAUGGAACAACCGGCCGUCGAUAUGCUGACGUCCUUGAGUCCCUUUGCACACACAACUGCAGCUCACGAGCUCCGGUUGCACCAUCUCCCGGUCAUCUUCAUCCCGGUCCCCAGUCCUCGCCAGCCCACCUCAAGGUUGGCGUCGCAAACAUCACAGCGCAAGCAACGCAUCGGUGGACUGCCGACCCCCUUCACGUCCACGACAUCCACGACGGUCGUCCGUCUCAACCUAGACACGUGCCAUCGCAGGACGGCUCGGCAGUCGACCCGCAUCCAGCAAAGCUCGGAGAUAUCCUGGCUCCCGAUCUGCUUUUCCUCCGAGCAACUCGUCGUGGGCCGCGCCUGGCACACUAUCGUGCAAGGCUACAAGAGCAAAACCGUCGCCCAGCUCCAAGACGUUUCCAUCGACGAGGCAAAGGGUGAACGACAUCUCACAAGACUAUCCAAGCGACUUAUCACCUCUUCAUCCACACCGUCUACAGGGUCUCCGUCCCCAGCCCGAUGGCGACACCGUCCACCGCCCGGUCGUCGCACCAGGGGACGAUUUGCGACGACGUUCACCUAUGCUGGGGGCGCGUCUAUUGGGGGACGCCGGUAAAAUCCUCCCCCCCUCCGGCCCCGCAGGGGGAGACGGUGGAGGCGCCGAGGGGGGCCGUCGUCCCCCUCGAAGAGUUGUGUGCGUCCUCUCGUGAGGUGGACGUGGGAGGAAUGGAGGGGUCCCUCACAAACGGACAUGGCAGGAUGUGUCUUUUGCUGCGCCCUGGCUGGUGGCAUAUGCGAGUACAAGAGCAGCUGAGUAGGCCUCACUCAAGCCCACGUUUCCCCUCGAUCAAUUGUCCGACACCACCCAUCAGCGGAGUUGUUCGUCUCCUACACUUCCACGAAUCAGUCGCCGUGUCAUCCCGGGACAAUGUCUCCUGAACAAUGACGCAAGUUAACCCCUUGGUGCCUUCCCGGUCGACCCAGCCCCCAACACCUAGUUAUCAAAUAUGUCAACCUCUCCAAGGGCUAACACGCCC